AUGAAAAAGGCUUUGCACAUGGGUCCUUGGUUCAUCUAUGGUCAUUUCUUAUCAGUUCAAAGAUGGGAGCCAAAUUUCCUUGCAUCCGAUGCAAGAAUUUCAAAAACAGCGGUAUGGAUCCGCCUCCCUCAGUUGCCUACAGAGUUCUAUGAUAGUAUAAUCUUGACAAAAAUUGGCAACAAAAUUGGCAAGCUGCUUAAGGUUGAUGCCUGCACUUCCUCAACCCUUAGGGGAAGAUAUGCUAGGCUAUGCAUUGAAUUGCCCUUGGACAUCCCAGUACCACAUUCCAUUUUGAUCGGAUCCCACAAACAAACCAUUUAUUAUGAAGAUGGAAAUCUUUUAUGUAUUAAAUGUGGAAGACUUGGGCUUGUUCAAUCAAAAUGCUCCUUUAAUUCAGUCCCCAAUACCCCCUCCUCAGUUGCCUUAGACCCCACCGUCCACCAAUCAAAGAACACUAUUGCUCCAGUGCAAUGUGCCAAUGAUGUUUCAAGGCAAUCUAAUAAAGAAGAAGAGGAGUGGAGAACAGUGAGCUUCCCAACAAAAAAGAAGGCCAAUCAAAGAACCAAUUCAGGUACCUUACAUGAUCAAUCAAAGUCAUUGCCAGGUAUACACUCUUCUACUUCCUUAAACGUUAUCGCUACUG